AUGGCUCUACCACUCGGGAAGAUCACCAUUAUCCUUGGUGCAGGUAUUGUUGGUUCAGUACUGGCUAAAGAAGGUCGAUUGCCGGAUGUAUCUGGUCUCGUAUCGGGUGCUUUCAAGGUUGUUUUUAGGCAACUUCAAAGCACUAGUCCUACACCAACCGUUAAAAAUCCACAUAAUGAUGCUUUGCUUGAUCAGGUUAACAGGCUUCGGCAGGAACUACAACAGCUAAUACCAGAUAGAUCAGUCAUUAUUGUAAAUGGAAGUGGAGCAGGAAGAAAAUAUGUAACAGUGGUCAUUAUUGGGGUAGGAUGUGGAUGCCUUUGGUGGAAGGGAUGGAUUCCUAAUAUGAUGUUUGCAACAAGGCGCAGUUUAAAUGAUGCCUGUACAGGCAUAGGUAAUCAGCUAGGGAAAGUUUAUGAAUCAAUUGAGCAAGCCAAGAAGAAUAUAUCUGGAAAAAUUAAUGGCGUGGAAAAGAUAGUGGAUGAAUCUGCAGUCAUUGUAGAAGUUAUCGAGGAUGAUAUCAAUAAAAUGCGAAACGAAACAGAAAAAAUAAAUGGAGAUAUGAAGGGUGUUGAUACUUUUAUCCGAGUUAUUGAAUCUAAAAUCAGUGAAAUAGAAGGGAAUCAGAUUGCGACAAAUAAAAAAAUCGAGGGAAUAUGUCGAAUUACUGAUGAUUUGCAGAAUGGCACUACACCGGCAUAUAUUCAGGCACCCUUAUCCAAGCCAACCCUUGAGCUACCACCAGCUUCACCAUCUUCCAGCGCUCUGCAGUCAGGUCCUUCCAGGCUAUAUCUUGAGCAGGCUUCUAUUACACCAGUAAUAUCAAGGACUGGGUCCGUGCCUCCAAUUAGGUCAGCUGAUCCACCAUCUUCUUCAAAUACAUCUGACGAGGAAAGCAGUAAUAUAUCGGAGCAGAGAAAUUUCUCUAGUAGUGACGGGAAUUCUAUGAAAACUCCUCCCAUAGAAAACAAGAUCAAUGGAUCUAGUGCUGGUGGUUUUUUUGGGAUAAGCUUGUCAAGCGUCUAUGCUCCAUUGCUGAGAACUCGCAGUGCGACCAACUCAGUAAUACAGCAAACUCGCUCAACUAGUUGA